AGUUGAGCUCCUGUUGGAUAAAGACUCGUUCGUAGAGUAUGACAUGUUUUGUGGAACAUCGCUGCUCUGACUUCGGCAUGGAAGAGGACCACAACAAGUUCGCAGGGGACAGUGUGGUGACUGGACAGGGGAGGAUCAACGGAAGGCUGGUGUACGUCUUCAGUCAGGACUUAACAGUAUUUGGAGGCAGUCUGUCUGGGGCUCACGCACAGAAGAUCUGUAAGAUCAUGGACCAGGCUAUGAUGGUGGGUGCUCCAGUCAUUGGUCUGAACGACUCUGGCGGAGCCAGGAUCCAGGAGGGGGUGGAGUCACUGGCUGGAUAUGCAGACAUUUUCCUGAGGAAUGUUUUCGCUCAAACCCCAAUCUAG